AUGUCCCGGAUGGUUGGCGCUGAGCCAACCAUCAGCCUGACGCGCAUGAUGGAUGGGAAAAGCCUCAGUCUUUCCGCUCCAACUUUCAGCACGGACGUGUGGAACAUCGGGGAUCUGCGGCGGGGACAUUCGGGACGUCAGCAGGUUCUGGUACCGUUAGACAUUCAUUACAGCUGGACUUGUGUUUACACUGAGCAGCAGCGGAGAGGGGAUCUCUGUCUGCAGCCGACCUUAAAAGACAAAGUAAAAGACGAUGAGUGUGAAUACUGUCCAGAGAGAGCUUUAACUGCUGCACUUCAUGACUGGAUGGAAGAACUUAAUCAGCCUCUGCAAGCAGGUCGGCAGAACACAAGAGCAGAACAUCGGGCCUCUGUCUCAUCGUCGCGUACCAAAACUUCUGACAGGUCCGACUGUCCCGCCACCUUCAGAGCCACACAUCCUGUGGCCAAACUCCCAGUCUUCCCACUUAAUUCCAGCUCUCCACCCUCAUCCCCUCCUAUGGGUAAAGCGGAGAGAGAGGGGCGAGAAGGGGAAACAAAGAGGUCACACCAAUCCAGUCAGCAACUUCCAGGAUCGAGGUCGGGAGCGCCUGCGGGUGGAGGCCGGGCACAGCAGGCGCCGGGUCGCGGGCUCUGUGGCGGGAAGGGCUUACUGAGCGAGGCCCAGGUGCGGCUGCUCGUUGGUCUCCACUAUCUCCCCCAUGAACACGGCCCUUCGGCGCAGAAGCUGCUGCAGGACCUAACCUGGCUAAAAUCAAACUGCCACCUGGUCGGUGCAAACAGCAAGAAGACGCAGCCUCAGAAGGUUGAUGAGUGGCGUGGGCGGGCCUCCAGAUUCCUGUCUCUGUGCGAAGACAUAGCUCAGCUCCACUGCAGCGUAGUGGGCGGGGCUAACAGGGCUGUGCUCUAUGACCUUUACCCUUAUGUGUGGGACCUGAGGAACACAGCUCUGGUGGCAAAAGCCUUCAUAUGCUGGCUGGAUGGGCGAGUGCUGAAUGACGGCUCAAACCUCGCCUCCUGGAGGAACUGUUUUCACUGGUGUGGGAAAUCCACAGGAGCAGAGCUGCUGGGAGUGGACUCAGAGCCAUGGGUGUUCAAAGGGGGGGUGUCUGGGGAGGUGCAGAUGCUCCUCCCAGUAGGCAGCAGCAGUGAACUUUUCACUCAUCCCCCUCCUCUCUUUCCUACCUCUCGUCUCUACAACAUCAGGCCCUAUCACAGCAAAGACAAGGUGGAGCUGUACCGAAUGGUCCGCCAGCUUCACCUGAGGACUCAGGGCAGCCAGGAGUCCACCAUGGCUCAUCCAGAUGUCAUUGGAGACAGAUGUCUUGGCCCAUGUCUGGCGCUGAGCCCUGAGUACAGCUUCAUCCUGGAAGAUGAGCUCGGUAUCUGUGGCUGCGUGCUGGGCAUCCUAGACGUCCGCUCCUUCGCGAAGCGAUGCCAGGCCAGCUGGAUUCCUGCCAUGAGAGAUAAAUACCCACCCAAAGGGAGCAGCACACACUCAAACACACAGGACUUGGUAAAAUUGAUGGAGGAGGACCAGGGUGAGUACCCGGACUCGCUCCUCUACCACUUCCCCUCUCAGCUGCGACUGGACGCGCUGCCCGAGCUGGUGGACGUCAGCGUCGGCCGAACCCUGCUCACCGCCCUUCUCACUGCGCUCAAGGCCAACGGUUCUCAGGGUGUCUUCUGUGAGGUGCAGCCCACCGAUCAUCAGAGGCUGGAGUUCUUAACCAAACUGGGCUUCCUGGAGAUCCUCAGAGGAGAAGCCAGGAGCAGAGAGGGCGUGGUGCUGGGACGGCUGCUCUGAAAACAAACACGACAGACACACACACUGGCCAUCACCUGGUCACACAUUUCAACUCCUUUGAGAAACAUCAACAUUAAUUAGUUCAUCAAUUUAUCAAAGUGCAUGGUUAGGUAUAACAAAGGUUAUUUUUUCAUCAGGAGCUUUAGUGACUCCUGAUGCUUGUUUUUAACAAAAUGUUGCCAUACAUGUCACCGUGUUCGAUCAGCUUGAAGGGUCGCCCUCCUAAACAUAAACAUUUUGAAUGAUAAUGUAAAGAGAAGGUUUCUUACAAUUCUGUUAUUGUGCUUGUUCAAAAACAUUGUUUUCUUACUUUGACUAGGACAUGUUUCAUGUAAGCAGCCCCAUUCAGAAAUAUUUUGCAAACUGUCAACAUUUUAUUUUAAGUUGUUUGGUUUAAAAUCUGCCAACAUAAAUAAGAUGUUCCACCAGAAAACUGAAAGAAAACCAAAGCAAGAAAAAUUGUGGACUUUAUUUAUUUCAGAAAGGGUUAGAAUCUGUCAGAUUAGAGAGAACAAUGCCACAUAGGCAGCCUUACUUCAGCCUAAUUAGAUCUUUAGGUAACAUAGACUUGUUUAUUCUUUGAAAUGCAGCACCAAACCAAUAAUAUUCUUAAAAGGUUGAGGUGCAGAUAUGUUGUAGCAUUUCUCCACUCUGUGCAGUUUCAACCACUUUUUCUGCCUGGAUGAACAUAACUGCUUUCCUCAGUUUUAUUGAAAAGAAAGUGAGCACAACAUUUUCCAAAGAAAGAGAAACCUGCUUGUUUAAAACCUGCUUAGCACCAACCUGCAGAAACACAGUGCCGGUAAUAAAUCGACUUCCCAGAGCAAUUUUUUUCUUUUCUUUUGCUUAUUGCUUUUGAUCUGACUUGGAUAAGCCUGUGUCUCAUAUUUCUUUGAAGAAGUAGUUUCGGACAUUCAAAAGUAAUUUCAGCCACCUAAUUUACCUAAACUUCACAUUAGCUGAUCCCACAGACUGAAGCUACAAGACUACUGCAUAAGAGUAAAGCAGACGUCCACCAUCUUAGAAUAACCCCAAAAAAUGCCAAAUACUAUUUAAUGAACUUUUAACAGUCUAUGUGUUUGCACUGGGAAAUUAUUUAAAAACAACCCAAUAGUUAAUUACACAGGAAAUAGAUGUCUGAGGUGGGCUGAACUAGGAAAUUCCAAGUUUCACUUUAUGAGUAAUAUGUUGUUUACUUUUGACAAAUUCUAACAAAAAGAAGCCUUGGAGUUUUAUUCUUGACUGCUAACAUCUUAGUAGUUCAGUGGGAAAUUUGGUGUCAAUACAUUUAAUAAACUAUAUUUAAGCUGUUAAUUUAUAAAUGAAGACACUAUAGGUGAGUUUUAACACUUUGUACAGGUAAAGGUUAUUUGUUUUCCUGGUUUAUGUCCAUGCUCAGCAAAUUGUAGCAGCAGCCACACAGUUCAUGUUAAACAAUUCCUAAAGGCAGGAUUAAAACAGAUUUUUUUCCGUUUGAUUUUGUGGUCUGAUUUCUAAAUGAUGGAUGUUUUUUCUCAUUUCAUCAUUUUUACUUUAGUAGUUUUUUUUUCGUGUUUUAUAGUUAUUCCAUUGAAAUCAUCAGACAACCUCAAGCUCUUUGGACUCUCAUCGCUUACUAUUUUUCUAGAUAAGAUGAAUGUUUACAUGCAUGAAAAACAUAACCUUGUGUUAACCAAGCAGGGUUACAUGUAUACAAACACAAAAACAUGCAAAGAGAAUUGCAAUGGCUGCCGCUCACGUGCAUUAACACACAUGAAGAUGUUCUACUGGGCAUUCCAGUCGUAAAAAUGUAGUAAGAUAGGAGGAAAUUUUAAAUGUAUGCAUGCUAAAACUUAUUAGAAAAACAGAAAAUAAAAGCUAAAAACAUAUAGAUAUAUAUGCACACACUAACACAUUUUACCCUUGGUUCUUGGUUCUCUUAUUUAUUUAUUUUUUUACAGAUACCUUCCAUUAUUACACAUCACUUACAUGGCUGACUCAUGCUUAAACAUAGCCACUCAUUGAAAAGUGUGACAUUCAUUUGAGGCGGAUGCAAGAGUGGGCAUGUGAAUAAUUAAACUGCGACAGCUGUGUCAUCCGUCCUUCAUUAUAAACCCCAACGAGGCAUAAACGCACCGUUCACACCCUGACACACGCAAUCACACAAAAAGAAGCACAAACGCACUCAGUUCAACUGAAAGUAUGUAGAACAAUGAAUGUUUUUUUUUUAUUUCGAUAUGAACAUACACAACUACUUGUGCAAGCAUUUAUAUUUCAACUUUUUUUUAUUUACAAUUAUGUUCAAUCAGUAGACUUAGACACUUUUGUACAAUUUUCCUUAAAAGUCUCUCGUGAGGUGCUUUGUAAUAAGAAAUGAAAGAAGAAGAUGGUGAUUGCAUAGACAAAAAUAAAGCACCAAAAUUGAAUUGCAUGAUGUAAAGCAAAAAAACAAAAAAAAACAAUAGAUGGUUGUGUGUGUUGCAAGAUUUUUAUUGCACCUGUAAGGAGGUGGGACAGUUCUUUUCUUUACUGUGAUAGUCAUUUAAAAAUGUGAGUGUAAAGUUAGGAAAGUGUGUUCUAGAAAACGCAAUAUGUCAACAGUUGUGAAAAAAUGUUGCAGUCAACAUGAAGCACUGUGAAAAGAGAAGAAAGAAAUUAACCACAACUUGAUUUAAUGCAAUUGUAACAACAAUCAUGUCUGUAUGAGUAUUUAAAAAUAACGGUUGCCUUUCAACAUCAGGCUUAAGCAUUGUCCGUUUCAUUAAGUCAUUACAAAUUUCAAACUGCUACAAACUGCCUGCAUAGAGUUACAUUACACACAAACUUUGUGUUUACAAUGAAUUUUUAGUGGAGUGCUGUGUAGCACAUCUAUGCAGGGUAAAAAAAAACAAAAAAACAUUGAAAAACAUAUUACUGCUGAUUUCAGUUCGGGUUUUUAUUGACAAUAAUUUUCAAGAUGUUUCAUUUUAAACAAAGAUGAUGAUGCAACUUGUUUUCAUGUUUAUUAAAUGAAUUUUUCCUUC